ACAAGUGACAGAGAGCUAGUGCUUUAUCCGCUAAGCCACACUGCCUCAUCCCUUCCAUCCUCUUCAUUCCCUGACCAAUCUCAGUGGACUUGAGGUCAGGCCUAGACUGAUGGCUUGGAGUUCAGUGACUUCCCACCUGUGACCCCAAGACGCCUCUGGUGAUGAAGGCGACCCCCCAGGUGAAAGUAAGUUCCGCCGUGUUAAAAGCUGCAGCUCAUCACUAUGGCUCUCAGUGCGACAAACCAAAUAAGGAGUUUAUGCUUUGCCGCUGGGAGGAGAAAGACCCGAGGCGAUGUUUACAAGAAGGAAAACUGGUCAAUGAAUGUGCUUUGGAUUUUUUCAGGAAGAUAAAGCUGCACUGUGCCGAACCCUUUGCUGAGUACUGGUCUUGUAUUGAUUAUACCAACUUGCAAGAGCUUCGUCGAUGCCGCAAGCAGCAGGCCGCUUUUGACAACUGCGUGCUGGACAAGCUGGGAUGGGUGAGACCAGAUCUUGGACAGCUGUCAAAGGUCACAAAAGUGAAGACAGAUCGACCUUUGCCUGAGAACCCCUAUCACUCUAGGCCAAGGCCUGAGCCGGAUCCAGUGGUAGAUGGAAACAUGAAGCCAGCUAGAUAUGGCAGCCGCUUCUUUUUCUGGAGCUGGUAAAGAAAGGGCCAGUUUGAAAAUUUAACUCUGUUGCAAGCUCAAGCUCAAGAAAUUAGUAAUGAGAAAUCUUGCAUAGACCUGUUUAUGUUCUCCAGGAUAAUAAAAAAAAAAUUAAAAAAAUCUACUAAAUUUA